AUGCCGUGGCUCCCGGUGAAGAAGCUCCGCAAGCAGGUCAAGCUGCUGCUGCUGCUGGUGCUGCUCACCUGCGCCGCGUGGCUCACGUACGUGCACCUGAGCCUGGUGCGCCAGGGCCGCGCGCUGCGCCAGCGCCUGGGCUACGGGCGAGAUGGAGAGAAGCCGAGCGGCGUGACGGACGGCGGGGGCGCGCGGGCCGCGGGCGCCACGCAGAGGGCAGAGGACUCCAGCGAGAGUCGCGAGGAGGAGCAGGCGCCCGAAGGUCAGGACCCGAACUCGCGCCUCCCCGGGAGGGCAGGAAGGCCCCCACCCAACCUCACGCAGCAGGCGCCGCCGUGGCGGGAGGAGUACAAGGGGCAGGUGAACCUGCACGUGUUCGAGGACUGGUGCGGGGGCGCCGUGGGCCAGCUGAGGAGGAACCUGCACUUCCCUCUGUUCCCGCACACGCGAACCACCGUGAAGAAGCUGGCCGUGUCCCCCAAGUGGAAGAACUACGGGCUCCGGGUCUUCGGUUUCAUCCACCCGGCGCGAGAUGGAGAUGUGCAGUUCUCGGUGGCUUCAGAUGACAACUCUGAGUUCUGGCUGAGCCCCAGCGAGAGCCCGGCAGGCGCCCAGCUGGUGGCCUUUGUAGGCAAGACCGGCUCGGAGUGGACAGCACCUGGGGAAUUCACCAAGUUCAGCUCCCAGGUGUCCAAACCCAGGCGGCUCAUGGCCUCCCGGCGGUACUACUUUGAACUACUGCACAAACAGGACGACCGCGGCUCGGACCACGUGGAAGUGGGCUGGCGAGCCUUCCUGCCCGGCCUGAAGUUCGAGGUCAUUGGCUCUGCUCACCUGUCCCUGUACACAGACGAGGCGGCCCUGAAGAUGGACCAGGUGGCCCACGUGCCCCAGUCUCCGGCCAGUCACGCGGGGGCGCGUCCGCCGCCGGGGGAGUCCGGCGCCGACAUGCUGCGGCCAGACCCGCGGGACACCUUCUUCCUCACGCCGCGGCUGGAGCCGUCGAGCCUGGAGGACGUGCUGCCCCCCUGCGCCUACGCGCCCACCUACGUGGUCAAGGACUUUCCCAUCGCGAGAUACCAGGGGCUGCAGUUUGUGUACCUGCCCUUCGUGUACCCCAACGACCGCACGCGCCUCACGCACAUGGAGACCGACAACAAGUGCUUCUACCGCGAGUCGCCCCUGUACCUGGAAAGGUUUGGCUUCUAUAAAUACAUGAAGACCGACCGGCCCGAGGGGGCCGAGGGGCCCGAGGAGGAGGAGGUGCAGCGCCGAGCUUUCCUCUUCCUCAACCCGGACGACCUCCUGGACGACGAGGACGAGGACGAGGGCGAGGGCGAGCUGCUGGACAGUCCGGAGCCCACGGGGGCACCCCCGCCGCAGAGCGGCCACCUCGUCCCCGGCCCGGCGGCCCCCACGGAGGCCGAGGCCGGGGCCUCCCCCACGGCACCCACGCCCCCCAGCCCCCCGGACCAGCGGGCCCCCCGGCGCGCCCGGGCGCUGAGCUGGGCCGCGCGCCCCCGGCCCCUCCUCCUGGGCCGCGCCCCGCCCCCGCGCCCCGCCCCGGAGCAGCCGCCCCCCAAGGUGUACGUGACGCGCGUGCGGCCGGGACUGCGGGCGCCCCCGCGAGCCCUGGCGCCGCUCGGCCCCCGCGGCCCGCCCUGGCCGCCCUUCCCGGGCCUCUUCCUGCGCCCCCGACCGCUGCCCCGGGUGCCGCUGCGGGCGCCCCCGCGCCCGGCCGCGUCGCGAGGCCGCAGGACCGGCGGCCCCCGGGCCACAGCGCCGAGGCCCCCGACCCGGCCGCGGGCCACGCCGGGACUCGAGGCGCCCACGGCGGACUUGGACUCGUCCGAGGCGCGGCCCGUGACCUCCUUCCUGAGCUUGUCCCAGGUGUCCCGGCCGCAGCCGCCCGGGGCGGGGGCGGGGGGCGCGGAGGGGGCCGCGGACGACGAGGGCACCCCGGGCGAGGCCGCGUCGGAGGACAGCGCGGAGGCGGCCGGCCCGGCGCUGGGCCGCUGGCGGGAGGACGCCAUCGACUGGCAGCGGACCUUCAGCGUGGGCGCCCUGGACUUCGAGCUGCUGCGCUCCGACUGGAACGACCUGCGCUGCAACGUGUCGGGCAACCUGCAGCUGCCCGAGGCCGAGGCGGUGGACGUGGUGGCGCAGUACAUGGAGCGGCUGCACGCGCGCCACCGCGGGCGCUUCUCCCUCCUGCGCAUCGUGAACGUGGAGAAGCGCCGCGACUCGGCGCGCGGGAGCCGCUUCCUGCUGGAGCUGGAGCUGCAGGAGCGCGGGGGCGGCCGCCGGCGCCUGUCCGAGUACGUCUUCCUGCGCCUGCCCGGGGCGCGCGCGGGGGACGCGGACGGCGACGCCGCGAGCCCCGAGCCAGGCCCCGCCGCCUCGCCGCGCCCCGACGGCCGCCCGGAGCUCUGCCGGCCGCUGCGCCUGGCCUGGCGCCAGGACGUGAUGGUGCACUUCAUCGUGCCAGUGAAGAACCAGGCGCGCUGGGUGGCCCAGUUCCUGGCCGACAUGGCCGCGCUGCACGCGCGCACCGGGGACUCGCGCUUCAGCGUCACCCUCGUGGACUUCGAAAGCGAGGACAUGGACGUGCAGCAGGCCCUGCGCUCGGCGCGGCUGCCCCGGUACCAGUACCUGCGGCGAAGCGGGAACUUCGAGCGCUCGGCGGGGCUGCAGGCGGGCGUGGACGCGGUGCAGGACGCCAGCAGCAUCGUUUUCCUUUGCGACCUGCAUAUCCACUUUCCCCCCAACAUCCUGGACGGCAUCCGCAAGCACUGUGUGGAGGGCAAGCUGGCCUUCGCGCCGGUGGUCAUGCGCCUGGGCUGCGGGAGCUCGCCCGAGGACCCGCACGGGUACUGGGAGGUGAACGGCUUCGGCCUUUUUGGCAUCUACAAGUCCGACUUCGACCGCGUGGGCGGGAUGAACACCGAGGAGUUCCGGGACCAGUGGGGCGGCGAGGACUGGGAGCUCCUGGACAGGGUCCUGCAGGCGGGACUGGAGGUGGAGCGGCUCCGCCUGCGCAACUUCUUCCACCACUUCCACUCCAAGCGCGGGAUGUGGGCCGCCCGCAGCCGCCGGGGCCCGCGCGGCCAGCCCUGA